AUGUCUUACUACGAUAACCAGCAAUGGCCAGCCACCAGCCAGCCUGCUUGGGAACAGCAGACUCCGCCAGCAAGAUCCGGUAUGAAAUAUCCAAAAUUUGAAGGUGAGGAUGUGCCAAUUGACGGUGUUGCAGGUGCCAGCUCAGCAGUUCCUCGCGAGGACUCGACCGCUUUUAGCACACAACUAGAGGAGGUUGAUCGUGCGAUUGAUAAUCUUGUCAAGAGUGGAAAGAUGUUUGGCAUGUCUGGCCGUCGGGAGUCCUUGCCAAUGUCUGGUGCUGGGAGAAGCAACUUUCCCGACCAGUUCGAUCCCCGUAUGGGUGGAGGCCCUCCUAGACACCACUCGGUCAGCGAAUUCGGCGGUAAUGAUGCGCGAGCAUUCUCCCCAGGAGCGAAUCUACAAAAUUUUUACGCCAGUCAACGUCACCAACCAUCGCGUGGCGCAAAUGAGGCCGAACAAGUGAUGCAGGCAAAGCGAAGGAUGGCAGCCCAGCGCGAGAGAGAGCUGCGAAACUAUCACCAAGAACAACAGUACAAUCGAAGCGUUGUAGCUGAAGUGUCAUCUUUUGGAGGCAAACCUGACCGUACCAUGAGUCCAGGCAGUGGAAUGAGCGAGGAAGAACGCCGAGAGUUAAUCGCCCGCCAGCGCAACGCAUUGUAUGGUGAAGGUCCAGCUUUUUCCGAAAAUGGAGCCGAUGAGAACGGAACACCUCGUCCAGGAACUCAGGGUACCGGAAGACAAUCGGCUACUGGAAUUCGUGGCCAUUCACCCCUAGCAUUUGACCACUUCAAUAAUGCUCAAGGUAGCCAAGCUGAAAGCACAAGUCAACAAGCAAUCGCUGAGCCUCAGUCUGCUACCAGUCAAGCACCAGGGCAAACACGAUCUCGUGCUAACAGCAAUUCGUCGCCGGCAUCCAACCCAACCAGUAGCUUUAGCUUGUUCGAGUCCGCUGCUCAGCAAUCUAGCCGAACAUCUACAUCUUCGCCCGGGGGGUCUCCUCCUCGGCAAGGAAAGGCACCGACAGGCUCUGGCGUCGCUCCAAUUGGCACUCGUCCAGCACAAGCACAGAACCCUGCAUUGAACAAACGCUCUACUACUCCUCUUCCAUCUCCACUGAGUUAUGGAUUCGCGGCCAACGAUGAGAGUAAGGUAGCUGGCGAAAAGAAUGAACGUACACCAUCUGCAGGAUCCAACGCAAAUGGUCAACAAAAUCAACAAGAUCACGGUUUGGGAUGGGGUAGCAAAAGCGGCGUGUGGGGUGGUAAAUCUCUUGGUGUGCAAGCCUCCGUUUGGGGAUAA